AAAGUUUAAUUUGCAAAGAGUCCACACUGCGUUUUAUUUACCAACUGUAGCUGUGUUACAGCAAUAAAAAGAUCAGGUAGCUUGAUCCAGGGUGUAGUUUGUGCACCUAAUGGAGAGCUGGGUUUCAUUUCUGGGAGGCAGACAUCAAAGUGUUUGCUCAGUACUUGUCACGCUAUCAUUCUCAGCAUUUAGAAGGGACAGGAGCUUAAACUUGCAAGUCAGGACAAAAAUUUAACAAGAGGAUUGUAUUUGCAAGUGGCUGGAAUGAACCCAAUCAUUCAGUUUAGUUAUAAGAUGGAUUCGACUUCUCUGCGGUACGAACUGACGCUAGAGACAUCUAGUGAUAAAACAGGAUUAAGGGAAGAUGAAGUGCGACCUACAGAAAUGGUGCCAGUAUUUUCCACAAACUUUGGAACUUCUGCCUUAUCCUCAUCGCCUUUGAAAACGACUUCAAGUGGAAGACACCAAGAUUUGUGUUCCGAAGACAUUUCGACUUGUGGAUCGCAUGGAAGCGCAGGUCAGGAGAUUGUCGCUAUGUCACCUGGGGCAGUGCAAAUCCCUGCAAACCAACUGCAAAAUGACUGUCAUAUGUCUCCGUUUAUUAGCUACCGGCACAACUUCUGUACCAGAGGUGAAUACCCGACAAACCCCUCACUUUAUCAGCAUUGGCCACUAGAAUAUCCCCAAGUUGCACCUGUUCAAACGCAGGCAAAUCCCAACAAUCAGAGUACGCCUGCCUUUUACCAUUCUCAAUACUCUGGAACAUCAUUUGAAGCAGGAACACUCAAUAAUGCAAUGCCCGGUGUCCCAAGGCCUUUAGCAUUGGGACUAGCAUCGCACUGGUCAACAUCGCAGAAUCCUACACACAGACAAAGAAAGAAGCGAAUCCCCUACAGCAAACAACAAAUCGCUGAACUGGAAAGGGCUUUUGAAAACAAUCGAUUCCUCACCCCUGAGGUCCGAUUAAACAUCUCUUUUAGGUUAGGUUUAACAGAAAGACAGGUGAAGACAUGGUUCCAAAACCAGCGACAGAAAGAGAAAAGACUUCUUCGUGUGCAGCAGCAAUUGAUAAAGCCAAGUUGUCCUGGACUGUGAAAUAUAAUAACUUUCCUCAUUUGGACAAUUGCUUUUUAAGAGUCACGAGAACGUGCAUACCGAUUUACAAUAGCAAAGUCGCCUCUCUUUAAUUAUACAGCCACAGAAGAUUAUUGGGCCUUUUCGUUUUUAAUUAUUUUGAAGUUGGAAUAGCUCAUUAGUCUUUAUCUUGCAUUACGAGAAGCUCCAAUUUGAUGUGCUAAACGCAAUAAAGAAUGUUGAUUCCACUAAAGUUGGUGAACAAGAAAUAUUGAUAUUAAAGGGAAUAUUUAACUUGAUUUUCCAAAAGGCUAAGUACUCGUUUACCAUUCAUUACAUGUGUGAGUAAAUAUAAUUGGACACAAAUUAAAGUCUAUCUGUGAUGUUUAAAGAAUAAUAACAUAUUAUAGGUUGCAAAAUAAAUUGUUUCGUGAAUAGUAUACACAGCUGUUCGGGUUUGAAAUGAUUGGAACACAUAAUUAUUCAAAGUAAGGGCGUGCUAUAGUUGAGGAGAAAGUGAGGUCUGCAGAUGCUGGAGAUCAAAGUUGAAACUUUAUUG